GCCAGAAACAUGACCAAAAACGCCACAGCAAGACACUGUUUGGCUCUUUCAACCUGGAGAGAUGUCACAGCUCAACGCCAAUCUGAGAAGGAGAGGAUCAUACAGGAGUGGUCAGAGCGGAUACUAGGGACUCCAAUCCCUCUCAUGCCUCACUUAACAGUCACAAACGUGGUAGAAUGGCCUUACAAGAGUGGUCAGCUGAGUGCCCGACAAAUCGAGAUAACGGAUUCUGAACCAAGCCAGCUAUUGAAGAUGUUGGCCUCUGGGGCUUGGACGGCCCAGGAGGUUCUUCUGGCAUUUAUCGCCCGGUGCAUCAUUGCCCAUCAUCUUACCAACCCACUAACCGAUCCCAUGUUUGAUCAAGGUUUCCGCCGAGCUGUAGAGCUCGAUGAUUAUCAUCGUAGAACAGGCAAGACUGUUGGGCCGUUUCAUGGGUUGCCAAUUAGUUUGAAAGAUGUUUUCAAUAUCCAAGGAAUGCCGACGACUCUUGGUUUUGUUGCCCGAGCAAAUGCACACCCUCUACACUCUGACGAGUUGGUCAAUCGACUCUCAGCGGCUGGAGCUAUAUUUUAUUGCAAGACGAAUAUUCCCCAGUCUCUUAUGUCUGGCGAAUGCCAUAAUUUUCUCUUCGGACGAACAGCGACACCGUAUAACACUACCUUGUCUGCAGGAGGGUCAAGCGGGGGCGAAGGCUCACUAAUAGCGCUUGGAGGCAGCCCUCUAGGAAUUGGAAGUGACAUUGCUGGAUCGAUUCGCACACCGGCAAACUUCAAUGGCAUAUACGGCUUAUGCCCCACGAAUGGUCGAUUCCCUCUGCAUGACGCCGAGCAGUCGAACGCUGGGUAUCUUAUCAAUGGUGUUGCAGGACCAUUGUCAAAAAGCAUUGACGGGCUGGAAGUAUAUGCAAGAACAUUACUAUCUCUGAAGCCAUGGGAGUGGGAUUCUGCAUGCGAGCGACUCCCGUGGGAUGAACAAGUCUAUCAAGAAACCCUGCUCAUUGGACUGAGCGGGAAACGACAGCUCUGUAUUGGCUUCGUUGCAAACGACGGGAUAGCCACCCCACAUCCCCCUAUUCAACGAGGAAUGAGAGAAACGAGGGCUGCUCUGGAAAAGGCUGGAGUUCAAGUAGUGGAUGUCCAGCUGUUCGACGGAACGGAAGGCAUGUGGGAAAUGAUCACACGUAUUUUCAAUGCAGAUGGAGGGAAGGCAUUCAGAGAAGAGAUUGCCAAGUCUGGAGAGCCCAUAUCCGAGGACAUUGAGCUCGCCAACCCACAGGAUGCAAUGAGUGUACGCCAACUUCUUGACCACGGGAAGAAGAUCCUGAAAAUUCGGCAAAAUAUACUUAGCAGGUGGCAGAGAACAUCAUCCUUGACAGCAACAGGGCGACCGGUAGAUAUGUUCGUCCUACCUUCAGGGUGCCACGUUGCCUCUCCACAUGGAACCAUGAAGUACUGGCUCUAUGAGGCCAUUUCCAAUAUCCUCGAUUGGACAUGUGCUACAAUUCCUGUUGGACAUGUUGACCUUCUCAAGGACCCAAAGCCCGGCAAUGGCGGGGACUUUAAGCCUCUGUCGAGUUUAGAUCGCGAUAAUUGGAAUCUAUACUCCCCUGAGCUGUAUUCGGAUGCUCCUAUUUGCCUUCAGGAUAGUCUUCCGAUGACCCUGGCUAUGGCUACAAAUGUCGUGGUGAUCACGGAUGCUGGCACUCUAGCCCCAGAGAUAAAGGACGAAAUCGGAGCAUACAGUGAUAUUGUUGGCUCAAGAUCAGAUGUCAAUGCACCAAUCGUGGCUGGUAUCUGGGACCUUUUUGACAGAAAGACACCGACCGAAUCAUUUACAGCAGAAUGGGAUGAAAUGAAAUACAUCGUAAAGGGCACUGCCGUAAUAACAGAUACUGUCACAAACCAAUCCUACGAAUUGAAACCUGGAAGCCUCCUUUGGAUUCCAAAAGGCUCACGAGCCUCGUUCACAAAGUCGAAAGGCCUUUCAACCAUUUAUGUUGAACAGAGACACGGCGAAGGGAACUUCAAAACGGGUAGCGAGGCCAAAGCAUCCUGCGACUUGCGCAGCAAACUCGCUACAUUAAUCGACAACUUCGUUGCAGAGAACCCUUCAUCUCUGGCCGCCCAUAAACGAGCCCAGGAGACUCUAGCUGGCGGAAACACGCGAUCAGUUCUUCAUGGAGACCCGUUUGCGCUUUACAUGGAGGGCGGACAGGGUCCUUACCUAUACUCUGUCGACAAGAGAGAGUAUCUGGACUUUGUAUCAGACUAUUCGGCAGCGUUCUACGGACACUCGAACCCCGCUAUCGCUGAAGCCAUCAGCAGUGCCCUGUCUACUGGCUUCAGCCUGGGUAGUGUCACCCGUAAAGAGUGUCAUCUUGGCGAGCGCAUUAAGAGAAGAUUCCCGAGCAUGGAGAGAGUUAGGUUCUGUAAUUCUGGCACCGAAGCCAACACCUGCGCAUUAGUUACAGCCACGGAAUUCACCGGCAGGACAAAGAUACUGGUGUUUGAUAAUGGAUACCACGACGGUACCCUAAAUUUUGGUUCAGGGGACAACAAAUUAAACUUUCCUCACGACUUCAUUUUUGGUACCUACAACAACAUAGAGGCCAACCAGAAGCAUAUAUCAUCAGAUCUAGCAGCUAUCAUUGUCGAACCGAUGCUUUCAGCAGGCGUUUUGAUAUUCGAUGAGGUUGUGACAUCUCGCCUACACAUCAAUGGACUUCAAGGAUUCCACAAGAUUAUGCCUGAUAUGACAACUCUUGGACAAUACAUUGGAGGGGGCCUCCCUUUUGGAGCUCUUGGGGGGCGCUCCGACAUCAUGGCUCUCUAUGAGACGAGAACUCAGAAACUGAGCCACUCUGGAACAUUCAAUAACAAUGUUUUCACUAUAUCAGCUGCCCUGGCUGCAAUUGAACUGGUCUCGGAGGACGAAAUUCAUCGCGUCAACAAACUGGGGGACACUAUUCGAAACAAGAUCUCAGAGAUCUGUGCAGCGCAUCACCUCUCUGAUCUUAGAAUUACUGGCUUCGGAAGCGCCAUAGGACUACAGUUUCUUCGUGAAGAUAGGGACCUGCUGAAGGGGCUUUUCUUCUAUUACAUGUUACAGCAUGGGAUUUGUAUCGGCCGCAGAGGUUUUCUUUUUCUGAAUAUGUGCCACACGGAGGAUCAUGUUCAGCGUUUCCUGACGGCGUUUCAGAAGUUUGUAGAGGAGUUCAAAUAA